AUGCAGAACGAGUGGUUAGACAUAGGAGAUUUUUGCAUCCCAUUAGCAUUAAAAUGGCGCACUUUAAUUUAUGAUUGGUCGCCAGCAUUGCUAAAAUUCUAUCUCAAUGCGUUCCAGAUGACUCUCCCAGAUCAGAGUAAUUUAGUAAGAUGGGGUAAAAGUACCGAAAAAACUUGCUAUAUCUGUGGAAAGGCAGUUGGAACUGCUAAGCAUCUGCUGGUGGGAUGUAAGUCUUUCGGUAGCCAGAGCGCAAAAGGGAAUAACCACAAACGAACGAUCAGUAGGUUUUUUGUGAGAGAAGGCACUAGGGCUACAAAAUCAAACGUCAAGCCUUACUCCAUCCUUAAAGCGGCGUCGGAUUGGACUAUAAUGAUGGACACGUAUGAAAAACAAUAUAAAAUCCCCGAGGAUAUUUGUGCGUCGGCCUCCAGACCGGAUAUAUUUUUGUUUUCGCGAAUUUUAAAGCGCGUAGUGAUGAUAGAGCUUACGGUCCCUUGGGAAACCAACAUCCCCAAAGACCAUACCAUCAAGGUCAACAAAUAUUACGAGCUCACAAACGAACUCACUCGAAAUAGGUUCGUAGUAGAUUUGUACGCGGUAGAGGUGGGAGCGAGAGGUAUAACAGCGAAAUCUCUCUAUAACCUACUAAAGGACUUGGGCUUGUCCAGAACUCACAUUAAUGCAUUCUUGGAACGUACAUCGAAGGCAGCCCUAGUAGGUUCUUUUCAAAUUUGGUUAGGUAGGGAGAGGAGCUUGGACAGUGGAGGUGAGCGUAUAACGCGCGUUAACUGA